ACUCGAACUGCAUACCUCUAGCUUAGAAAGAACAGCCGUAAACCAUCAACUCUACUGAAGAGUUUUAUUAAACCAAAAGCUGAAAUUUUAGAUAUUCUAUAAAAGGCCGGAAGCCUAUGCUUCUUUGGCUUAUAUCCAGAGCCGCUACUGCACGUAGGGUAUGUUGGAAUCUUGCUCCUCCCCCUUGCGGGGGUGUUACCUCGCCACCUCACCCAUUAAAACUCAUUUGCAAAAAUAUCUCUCGAAGAAACAUAUGUCGACAUGUAAAGUUGCGCCCACAGGGCCAUGUCCCGGUACAUGGUUUCAGACUUUCAGGACCUAGUAUAUUUAAAACAAAUUACUUUAAAUACUAAUUUGCAUUAUUAUUAAGAAAUUCAAGGAUAAUGCUCAGCCGCGGAACCUAAAUAAUUUCAAAAGUUAUACAAUAAUUAUCAACCAGAGGUUUGCAAGUUUUGACGAAUAAUCCUUCAAAUACGGGUGUUAAUUAUAAAAAAUAAAAAUAUGUAAAAAAUCAAAAUUUGUAUUUGCAAAAGAUGAGAAUACCCUCAAAGAAUUUUAAUCACAUAAAACUAGCCACUAAAUUCUCGAAUGCAAAUUCACGUUUUGCUCCCUUAUUUGUGUCCGCAGAAGAAACAAGAUAGAGAAGAGAAGAGAAGAGAGACAAAAGAAAGGAUCAAAACUUUAUUUCAAAAGAAGUAAAGAAACUAUCUGAAGAUGGCGAAGAAGAAGUGUGAGUUAUGUGACCGUGUAGCGAGGACGUUCUGCGAGUCGGACCAGGCGAGCUUAUGCUGGGACUGCGAGGGAAAGGUUCACGGAGCUAAUUUUCUGGUGGCUAAGCACACACGCUGUCUUCUCUGCAACGUGUGUCAAUCUCCGACGCCUUGGAAAGCCUCGGGACUUCGUUUCGGUCCAACGGUUUCAAUCUGCGAGUCUUGUCUAGCUCGUAAGAACAACUCCGUCGCCGGCAGCAGUAAUCAGAAUCUGAAGAAAGAGAUUAAUAGUAACAAUAAUGAUGAUUGUGAGGAAGGUGAAGAAGAAGCGGAGAAACAGGUGGUGCCGUGGGGUGCUGCUCCGGUGAUGAGUUCAUCGUCGUCUUCCGUUAGUAGCGGAGAGGAAAGUUUCUCCGGCGAUGGAGGUCUGGUGGUUAAAAGAACGCGACGGGAUAUGGAUCUUGACUACUCUGAUGGCGGUGAUACGUCGUUGACAUCAUCAUUGUCUUUAAAAACCGCUAAGAAAAGGAGAUAUCUCAGCCGUUGAUUCUCUACUUAGUUCAUAUUAGAUAAAUCUUCACCGUUUAUUGCUAACAAUACCUCUUGUAGUGAAUUGAGUUUAUAAACCAAUGUAUUCUUUCUGCUUAGAAUGUUUUUGUAUUAUUUUCCUACCAUUAGUUCUGUUGGUUUUA